CAGUCCCGCGGCCGCGGGGCCGGUGCUUGGGCGGCUCUUGGGGGGCACGGCAGCGGGCAGGAGCAGCAGCAGCACAAGCCGCAAGCAUGCCGGGCAGCGACACGGCGCUCGCCGUGGACAGGACGUACUCGGAUCCCGAGCGGCACCGGCGCCGCAAGACGAGGGUGGAAAGACAUGACAUGAAUACCCUGAGUUUGCCACUUAAUAUCCGCCGUGGAGGUUCUGAUACCAACCUGAACUUUGAUGUACCAGAUGGAGUCCUAGAGUUUCAUAAAGUCAAACUCAAUGCAGACAGCUUGAAACAGAAAAUCCUUAAGGUUACAGAGCAAAUCAAGGUUGAACAAACAGCUCGAGAUGGAAAUGUGGCUGAGUAUUUGAAACUGGUAAACAGUGCAGACAAGCAACAGGCUGGGCGCAUUAAGCAAGUCUUUGAGAAAAAGAACCAGAAAUCUGCCCACUCCAUUGCCCAGCUGCAGAAGAAAUUGGAACAGUAUCACAAAAAGCUCAAGGAUAUUGAACAAAAUGGAUCUUCCAAAGCUACCAAGGAUACUUCCAAAGAUAACUUGAAAGAUGUUCUACAUGGAAAGUCUCGUAGCAGUGGGCAUGGAGCAGAGAGCAGCAAGUCAGGUGUGCCGGGCGUAUCUUUGACACCACCUGUCUUUGUUUUCAGCAAGUCUAAAGAGUUUGCCAACCUGAUCCGAAACAAAUUUGGUAGUGCAGACAACAUUGCUCAUCUCAAAAAUACCCUGGAUGAAUUUCGGCCAGAAACGAGUUCUAGAACCUAUGGGGGCAGUGCCACCAUUGUUGCCAAACCAAAAUAUGUUAGUGAUGAUGAAUGCUCGAGUGGGACCUCUGGAUCAGCAGAUAGCAAUGGGAAUACAUCCUUUAGUCCUGCUGUGGCAAGUACCCUGGACAGCCAAGGAAAGCUUUCCAUGAUUUUGGAGGAACUAAGGGAAAUCAAGGAGACACAGUCCCAAUUAGCUGAUGAUAUUGAGAAUUUAAAAACCCAAUUUAAAAGAGACUAUGGCUUUAUUUCUCAGAUGCUACAAGAGGAAAGAUAUAGAUACGAAAGAUUGGAAGACCAGUUAAAUGACCUCACUGACCUUCAUCAACAUGAGACAGCAAACUUGAAACAAGAGCUAGCCAGCAUAGAGGAGAAGGUGGCGUACCAGGCCUACGAGCGAUCACGAGAUGUUCAGGAAGCCUUGGAAUCAUGCCAGACGCGGGUUUCCAAACUGGAGCUCCAUCAGCAAGAACAGCAAGCACAGCAGUCUGAAACAGUUAAUGCCAAAGUGCUCCUGGGGAAGUGUAUAAAUGUUAUCCUGGCCUUCAUGACUGUCAUCUUAGUGUGUGUUUCUACUAUUGCAAAGUUCAUUGCUCCUAUGAUGAAGAGCCGUUUUCAUAUCAUCUGCACUUUUUUUGCAGUGACGCUGCUGGCAAUAUUUUGUAAAAACUGGGAUCAUAUCAUUUGUGCUAUAGAAAGGAUGAUUAUACCAAGAUGAAGCUGUUGGACUGGCUCUUUCUUUCUUUUUUUCUUUAAUUUUUUAUUCCCCCCCUCCCCCCCCCCCUUCUUCCCCUCCCUGUUUUUUAAGCACUGUGUGUAUACAA